UUUCUUUAAAAUUUUAUUUUCUUUAUGGGCUUACGUCCCCAAAAAAUCAGGCAAGUGCUAUAAGAGUGCCACAUAGCCCACCUGCUUGCUUGUUUUCUGCAUAGCAUUUUUAUCAGCCCUUCAUCCUUGAAGAACAUCACCAACAAUUUUAUACCAAGAUGGCGGAUCGCACCGCAAUUUAUAGCAUGGAUGAUGCUCUUCUGAGCGUGGGAUUUGGGAAAUACCAAACCCUGAUUCUUAUAUAUGCUGGACUUGGAUGGAUUUCGGAAGCAAUGGAGGUGAUGAUUCUUUCAUUUGUUGGACCAGCAGUACAGACGGAAUGGAACCUUACUUCAGAGCAAGAGAGCCUUAUCACCACUGUGGUGUUUGCAGGCAUGCUUUUUGGGGCAUAUACCUGGGGAUUAGUUUCAGAUAGAUAUGGAAGAAGGAAAGGAUUUUUAGCUACAGCACUGAUCACUUCCAUAUCUGGUCUCCUGAGUGCAAUUGCCCCUAACUACGUUAUAUUGUUAAUAUGUCGUUGUUUGGUUGGUGUUGGCGUGGGAGGCGGUCCUGUGCUAUUGUCUUGGUUUCUAGAGUUUGUGCCUGCACCAAGAAGGGGCACUUGGAUGAUUAUUUUCCAAGGAUUUUGGACUGUUGGUACAGUUUUAGAGGCUGGCAUAGCAUGGAUUGUUAUGCCAAGGUGGGGAUGGAGGUGGCUGCUUGGUCUUUCUGCAAUGCCUGCAAUGCUUUUGCUUAUCUUUUACUGUGUGGUGCCUGAGUCUCCAAGGUAUUUGAGUCUCAAAGGUGAAAAACAAGGUGCCAUGCGGAUUUUGGAGAGGAUAUCCAAAGUCAAUGACAGAGAGUUGCCACCUGGUGUUCUUUGUACUGAUAUCGAGAUUGAGCAGUAUAGUGAUCUUCCUCCACAACGUAAACCAUUGCUACCAAGUGUAGUUGAUGCAGAAGCUGCAUCACUUCCCAAGGGCAGUGAUUCUGAAACGGGAAUUCUUCAAUCAUUGUCAAUGCUUUUAUCACCAAAAUUGAUUAGGUCAACCUUGCUUUUGUGGGUUGUAUUCUUCGGAAAUGCCUUUGCUUAUUAUGGCCUUGUGUUGUUGACCACUGAGUUGAACAAGACUGAUAGUACAUGCUAUCUAAGACAAAUUGGUUCCGAAGAUACUGCCACUGUCAAUUACAGGAACGUCUUCAUCACUAGCUUUGCAGAGAUUCCGGGCCUUGUUCUCGCUGCUGUCAUUGUUGAUAGACUUGGUCGUAAAGUUUCAAUGUCAGCCUUGCUCUUUUUAUGUUUCCUCUUCAUGUUGCCGCUGGUGGUCCAUCAGUCAGCGGGUCUAACAACAGCAGUUCUGUUUGGAGCUAGAGCAUGCAUUAUGGGAUCCUUCACGCUUAUGUUUUUAUAUGCUCCAGAGAUAUACCCAACAGUUGUGAGGAGUACUGGUGUUGGACUGGGGAGUUCGAUGGCGAGAAUUGGCGGAAUGAUCUCUCCUAUGGUAGCUAUAAGUUUAGUACAUGGAUGUCAUCAAACUCUUGCCAUUCUCCUAUUUGUGGGUGUGGUAUUAGUUUCUGCAAUCUGUGUCAUGUUGUUCCCUAUUGAAACCAUGGGUCGAGAGUUGACCGACAGUUUUUUCGACAGUAGUACGUACGAAAGGCUAGUAUCCUAAAUUCACGUCUCAUCUAAAUAUGAUCUGUCUAUCUAUCUUCUUCAUGUUGCAGCCAAUGAGGUCGUGGCGUAGAGGUCAAGACUGAGGUCCUGGACACAUUAGGUUCCGGAUUUCAUUCUGUUGUCUCCUAUUUAUAUGGAUCUCUUGUACUGAUUUUUUUUUACAUCAUCUGUUAUAGACCCUUCAGAAAAAGAAAGGAUAUCUUCUUGUUCUUGUUCUUCUUGUAUAGGCCGUAUGGAUGUAUGGUUUGUAAUUGUUUUAUUAUUAUAAUAAGAUCGAGCGAUUUUUUUACCUA